UUAUAGAAGCUGACAGCUAAACGCACAGGUUUUCGGACCUCUUGGAAGUGUAAACGAUGGAGGACGAGGAAAACCAAGUGCAACUCCUAAAUGAAAAGCAGGUGCCGAACUCUGAAAGUGGUUAUGUGUGGCAUGUCACUGAUAUGAAUCGACUGCAACGUUUCUUGUGUUUUGGUUCGGAAGCUGGUACUUAUUACAUCAAGGAGCAGAAGCUGGGCUUUGAAAAUGCAGAAGCUUUAACAAGACUGAUUGAAGAGGGUAGAGGUUGUGAAGUUGUUCAAGAAAUAAAGACAUUUAGUCAAGAAGGCAGAGCAGCAAAACAGGAGCCCCUGCUUUUUGCUCUUGCAAUUUGCUCACAGUGUUCUGAUGCAAAAACGAAACAAGCGGCGUUCAAAGCUGUUCCUGAGGUGUGUUGCAUACCAACACAUCUCUUUACUUUCAUCCAAUUUAAAAAAGAUCUGAAGGAGGGUAUGAAAUGUGGCAUGUGGGGCCGUGCACUGAGGAAAGCUGUUGCAGAUUGGUACAAUGGAAAGAAUGGCAUGGCUGUUGCUUUAGCAGUUACAAAAUAUAAACAAAGAAGUGGCUGGUCUCAUAAAGAUCUUCUGAGGUUGUCCCACCUAAAACCUGCCAGUGAAGGAAUUGCUGUAGUCACUAAAUAUAUUACCAAAGGGUGGAAAGAUGUCCAAGAGGCUUAUAAAGACAAAGCAAUUUCUGCUGAGACUGAAAAACUCUUAAAGUAUCUGGAGGCUGUGGAGAAAGUAAAACGCACAAAAGAUGAAUUGGAAGUUACUCAUUUAAUAGAGGAAUAUGGUCUAGUUAGAGAGCAUCUCCUGACAAACCAUCUGAAAUCUAAAGAGGUUUGGAAGGCAUUGCUGAAGGAGAUGUCCAUUUCUGUAUUGUUGAGAAAUUUAGGAAAACUGACAGCAAAUUCGGUGCUUGAACCACGAGGUUCAGAAGUGGCGAUAGUAUGUGAAAGACUGAGAAAUGAGAAACUGCUAAAAAAGGGUAGAAUACAUCCGUUCCACAUUUUGGUUGCAUUAGAAACCUAUAAAGCUGGACAUGGAAGCAGAGGGAAGCUUUGGUGGCGUCCUGAUGAAGACAUUUUAGAAGCUUUAGAUGCCUCGUUUUACAAAACUUUCAAGACAGUUGAACCAACAGGAAAACGCUUCUUACUUGCAGUUGAUGUCAGUGCAUCAAUGACACAAAAAGUUUUGGGCAGCGUGCUCAAUGCUAGCACAGUUGCAGCAGCAAUGUGUAUGGUUGUAGCACGUACUGAGAAGGAUUCCCAUAUUGUUGCCUUUUCACAUGAAAUGGUCCCUUGCCCAGUGACAGCUGAUAUGACAUUACCUCAAGUAUUAGUGAAAAUGUAUGAAAUUCCAAUGGGUACCACUGAUUGUUCCCUUCCAAUGAUAUGGGCUCAAAAAACUCAGACAGCUGCUGAUGUCUUCAUUGUAUUUACCGAUAACGAGACCUUUGCUGGAAAUACUCAUCCUGCAACAGCUCUUAGAGAGUACAGGGAGAAAAUGGGUAUUCCUGCUAAAUUGAUUGUUUGUGGAAUGACCUCAAAUGGUUUUACAAUCGCAGAUCCAGACGACAGAGGCAUGUUGGAUAUAUGUGGCUUUGAUACAGGAGCUUUGGAUGUUAUUCGAAACUUCACUUUGGAUUUGAUUUAAUUUUCUAGGCAUCUGCUCUUCCCAGUGGGUCCAUUGCUGGCAACAGACUUCACCCUGGGAACUCCCAGCCAAAUAUACUUUAUUAGAAUAUGGCACAUUAUAUACAUAUCAGAAUGUUACCUUUUUGUGAAGGGAAAACAAGAAAAGCAGAUGAGAAAUCUCUUUUCUCUUUUUUCCUGUUGCACACAAUUUGAAAUAACAGUGGGAAGUUUGCUAAAAGUAGCUACAGGGUUACACAAUAAAUAAUUUAAUUUCAUUUAUAAUAGAUUAUAAAUACUGAGAGAUUUUUAAUUUCCCCCCCUCCCCCGUUGCUGUGGAAUGCUUGUUUGCAAGAAUAAAUUGAUGAAUUACUCUUAGGAUGGGGCAGGAAGAAAAGUGGGGUUGGUAUUUUUAAUAAUGUCAGUUUAACAGCAACUUUUUUGAGAGGGAUUUUUCUUUGGGCUUUUUUUUAAUCUUUCUAUUUUAAACAAAUUACUAAGGUUCAGCAGUUUCCAUUGUUACGCUUCAAAUCUACAAAAGAAGUAUUUUCUGGCACGUAUGAGACCAUGUGACUGUGAUGCAGUAUAAAAGCUACCCAGUGAAAUUUUAUACUGAUAAAACUGAAAGUGGAAGAGCUCACGCUAAUCUUUUUUCUACCUAGAUUAUCAUUUGGGUUUUCAGGAGUAAAGUGUAAUUCUCUUUAGAUAAAUUGAGGGGCAGUUUCUGUACAAUGCAGUUUCAGAAGCACUAUUUUAGAAUUAAUACGCUUUACAGGAGGUUCUAAAAACUGUUUCUAGUAGAAAAAGACCUUGGAAAUGGCUGGGAAGCCACAUUCAGUCCAUGUUACAACUUCAGGAAGCAUCAGCACACUUUCAAUGAGGAAGAUCAACAAGUGCAUGUGUCUUGGCCUGCUUUUGAAAGCUGAGUGCUAACAACCAGAAACAAAAAGCUACAUUUUCUUCAAAAGAAUGUAUUCAAUGAUACAGAAACAAUCUUCCUAACAGGAGAGCAUUUCAUCUUUUAAAAAUCUUUUUGUAGAUUAACGUUACUUCUGAUUUCGUAAAUUAAUUCAAGCUAACAUUUUUCAAAACUACCUCCAGUUUAUAGUGACCAAUUCUUAAAAAAAUUUAUGAACUGUACAGUUGCCUCCUUCAUGUUCUCAAAAUCUUGUUUAGGAAGUGAUAGAAACUGGAUUUCUUUUUUUUUUUUUUUGUCUGAUUGUAAGAGUGUGAGUAAAUAAGGAGAAAGCUAGUGAAUUUCAUCACUUUGGAACAGGAAUUGAUAGCAAUUCAUGUGUAUAUGUAUUUAAUUCUGUGUGGUUGUUUUUAUGUAUGUGUGUAUAGGGGGGAAGUUAAAAGAUUUCCACAAUCUUAGAAGAUGAGAAAGGUUUUUUAGUGAUGCUUUUACAACUUCCCCUAAGACAUUUGUAUGUCAACCUCUUUUAUGCUAAUUCUGGCUGUUUUAAACAGUGAAUUUGAUGUUAAUUUGAAAAUAAUUAUGAUUUAUAAAAACAACCCAGUUGUGGUAAAUGACAUGUAAGACCAUAUUUUUCUGCCUAAACCCCAAGCUUUUAAACGUAAAAUUCAAGUUCAUAUUAUACUUUUGAUACUUGUAACACUUUUCAUUAUGCCUCGUACAUCUUGAUUAUAAAUUCAAAGUUUGCUUUCUGUAGGAUGGAUAUCUCUUUUGGUGCUAAAAUGUGAGGUUACAUGUUACUGAAGGAAUUCUGCUAACAUACUUAUACUCUACCUUAAUAAAUCAGAACAGCGAGGAUAGCCUUUUCUGACAUUAAAACCAUGGCUUAAAGAACUGAUGGUAGGAAUGUUACCUUUCAGUGGACAUGAAUGUAGUUACUUCUGAAUUAUCACUGCUCUUACGAUACAGCUCUGAUAGAAUGCUUGAAGAAUACAGGACUGCCACCAGCUUGUCAGGUGACAUCUAGAAAAAACAAGUGUUCCUACAAAAGCUGAGACAUAGCACUUUGAGUUUGAAAAAGAAAAUUAGCCAUUUCUUAUGAAAAAUCUCUUACCACUUUUAGUCUCCUUUCUAAAUAAACACCAUGAAUAUGGGGAGUAAACUCAUUUGCUCAAUACAUGUUAAUAAUUAUUUCAAGUAAAUGCACUGAUGUUUUGGGGUUGUUUUUGGUAGUAAUGUGUUUUAAAUUACACAGUAGUCAAACAUCUGAUUAGGUGUUUCCUUCUAAGCUAGAGAUGUUGAAAAUAACUGAUAGCUAAGUAUCUUUUGCAAGUACUUUUUCUUAUUUGGAGUAGUAUUUGUGAAGUAAUAGGCAAUAUUUUGGACUAAAUAUAAAAUGAAAACUUAAACAGGUAUUUCAAGUAACUUUGUGCAGUUAAUUGCAUAAAUUUACUGCAAGUAAAAGAUUAGACUAGUUACUAACAGAUUGAACGGUUAUAGUAGUGUUGCAUCUUUGAAAGCAGUCCAGUUUAAAAUACAAUUCCUUGAAUUAGAGUGUAAGUGAAGAUGAACUUUUCAGUAGAACUUAGAGAAAAUGUAGCUCCCUGUAUCUAUUGACACUGGAUAGCUAUGCACUGUGUUAAAGAUAGUCAUCCCUGCUGGAGUACGUAAUAUGCUCCCAAUAUUUACCAUAUCUCUGUACUAAAAAAUCUUGUUAGAAUAUUCUAAGUGGUUUGGUUAUCCGAUGUAAAACUAGCACCAAUGAGAUCAUGUUGUCAUCUGCUCCUCCUUUAAGAUUUUCAGAGAGGGGAAACUGAAGUAAAUGCUGACAGCUGAAACUUUAUAGUGUGUUGACCUUUGUUUCUACCGUUUUUGGUCUGGUUUUGUUAUUAUCUUGCAGUAAGAGGCAUAGAAGAAUGAUGCUGCAUAUUCCUUUUCCGUAGACUGGAUCUUUUUUAUCUGCCCAUAUACUGAGUUUUAGGGGACAGCAUGACUCAUUUGCCAUAACAUAAAUUUGUCCUGAUUUUAGUCUUUAGAUACUGAACUGAUAAUUUCCAAAAUGAUAUCUGGACAUGUAAAGAGGCAAUAAUUACUGUAAUGUUUUUUAAAAAAUAAAUGAGCGAGCUAAGACAAAGUUAUUAAGCAUUAGUUCAGUAUACAAUAAAUAACUUUCACCAAACCCUUUCACCAAAGAGGAGACUGACUCUUUCAAGUUAAUAGUGUUGUUUGUAUUGGAGGAACACUGACUAACAAAACAAAAAUGGGGCUGUAAUUGUGCACUGCAGUUUACCAGUAAAAAUUGAACAGGGACAAGUUUAAAGAUAGUUAAUUUUAUUCAAAACAUUAAUUAAAAAAAAAAGUCUAAAUGCAGAGUGCAACUGUAGACCGGGUGAAUGCAGGUUUCCCAAUAUCUAACAGAAUUAAUAGGCUUUCAGUUUGACUGCCACUUCACUGUGACCCCCUUAACAAUUCUUAAGUAUUAGACUAUUAUGUCUAAGACUAUAACGUUCAGGCACUUUAGCUUUAAGAAAGAAGAAAAGGAUGUAAUGGUUGGGAGCACAGCAGAGGUAAAACAUUCUUCUGUAAUGAAGGGCUGUAGCGAAUGAACAUCAGAGGUCAGGUUUCUUCAUGGAAGGGAUACAAUCAAGAAUGUGGAGAGGGCAGAAGGCACUCGAUUUCUUAAAAAUCAUGCAAUGCAUACAUCAGCAUUGUGUAAUAAAUUGAAUAAACACGGUACUAAUUUUGCCAAGAAAUAGAAUUUCAUGUCGGGAAUUUUAGACCUGUAGCAAGGAGGAGGAGAGUUUGGGAUGCUUGUAGAAUUAGAUUACAGGCAAAAUACGGGGUCUUUACCUACAAUCCUAUGUGUUUAAAAAAGAGAAAUCUAAAAGCAGGUAUAGAUCUGAAGUCAGCAGGGCCAGUCUAAGUGCCCACUAUGUGAGGGCCACUAAUAACUGACCCUAAAAUAUCUUGCUGCUUAAAACUACUGUUAAACCUGUUUGUUAAACAUGAGUCAUUAGGGAGGUUGUGUUGUUCUUUUUCAUUGUUGUUUAAUUGGGGCCUAUAAAUGGGUAUGGCUUUAAAAGGCUAUUGAACGAAGUAGAUAUUCUUGGCAUAAAAAAUACACCAGCAGUUUUGGAAAUGUAUUUUAAUAAUGGUUCUGUCUGUAAAAACACUAGGAAAGUAUUUUUUCCAUUGCAAAAUGCUGUGCUGCUUAAUCACAGCCAUAACUCAUAGCCACCGUACCAGAAGCAUUAGUAUUGGUUCCAUUGGCUCCAUUUAUUUUGUUUCUUGUCUUACCUUUUUGCUUUGCCCUUCCUUCUCUGUGUUAAUGUUGGCUUUUUCCUCCUUUCCCAUCUCCUUGUCACCUCAGGCCUAUACUUGAAUCUCUUUUCCCAUAGAAGCUCUCAUCCAUUCCUUUUUUUGCCCCUGUUCUUCUGCCUUUUUGCUGUCAUUGAGCAUGCUAGCUUAGCUAAAUAACUUACACCAGAACUGAUGUCAUAGUAUUUAUCUUAAUUUUAAAAAACUGGAUAAAUUUUUUCCUUCCUUUGAUUAUAUAAAUCUCUUAUAAAGCAUUUAAUUUGCUGUAUCUAUCAGAUUUUUGGUAAAACUUUGUGUAAAGAUCAGUGACAAAAGUAUACUUUACAAAAAUCCAACAUCUGCCUGUGAAUGGCUUUAUUUUUAUAAAGUAACCGCUUAAAAUUGGCUUUUCAAAUUUAAAGCUUUUCUAGAAUUAGUUCUGCAGGUUGGAGCCUUCCAUUCUGUUAAAUAUUACCAAGCUGCUGUUAUAUGCAGAGUUAGGGAAACAUUUAAAUGAAUAUUCUGGAUAAAUGGGCAGCUUCUUUGCAGUAUUGAUUAGAGAAAAUCUUCAAAGAAUAGGAUGUAGAAGUAAACCUAAGCAAAGAAUCAUUUGUUUUGCGUGUGCUUUUAAUCUUUUUUUUUUUUAAGCAUUUCAUCAGUUUAUAGGUUUAUUUUGCUAUUUGCAGUGGUUCACAGACAAAUAUGCUGUAAGCAAGCUGUUUUAAUGACUUUAUUGCUGGAAUGGUAGAGAUUUCCUCUUACUGUGAUACAGUCUAGUGUACAACAUUGCUGAGUAAGAGUUACGGGGGGAAAGGUAAAACACUAGGACAGUGUAUUAUGUAUGUGCUGCUCUGAAAGCUAAGAUUUAAGAUCAGCUAAUUUCAGCAGAAAGUAUGGUGUCUUUAAAUAUGUGUGCUUACAUUUGGAUUUAUAAUUUUGAUACUGUAAAGCUUGGUUUCUUUAGGUAUUUCUGCAUUCUGAAUUUAAGUUUAAAUAUAUAUAUAUUUGCAUAUAUGUAUGUGGUAUGUUGAGAACUUUUACAAAUGCUUCAUUAACAAAUAAUGAAUAUAAAUAGCUGUUUUCCCAAUGUUACCAGCUUCUUAGAGUUAAGCACAACUAGUUACAAAUAAAAGGUCUUUUCUAUUCCAUUCUCCUAUAAAAGUGCAGUUCUACUCUUUAAAAAUAAUUCUGUAUAAAGAAGCAACAGAUGGGCACAUUCACAGCUCUGUCUGCUUAGUUAAGUAACUUGAUGUUUGUUUCCAGCUUCUCACGCUUCUUAGGAGCGUGGUAUUUAAGCUGGAUGAGCAGGUAUGUCUUAAGUGUAAGUACAGAAUCUUUCAGUGGAUAAUUUUUAACAUUCAGAUCCCAGGGCAAGCAUUAUUGUAAGAUAAACAGCUUUGUCCGGAGACAAUGCUAGGCAAAAAAUAUGGACAUUUUUAAUGACUAUUUUUGAGUCCCUUUUUUUUCUAGAGUAGAACCACACUUUUAACUGCCAUAUCAUGUUUAAAUAACUUAAACAUAACAUGGCUUUGUGCCAUCCAGUAAUGAAGGCACUGUCUUGCUGCUACUUUCUAUGAAAUGAUACAAAAUUAAUGAGAAACUAUUUGGAUGGGGAGCCUUAAUAUGGGUAAAAAGAAACAUAAUUAACCCUUUGAGUGCCUUAAGACACAUCUUCUUUAAUAAAUGGGCACUCACUUGGAUCUGCAGGCAUACAGCAUGUUUUCUCAGUUGGAAUAGAAUAUUGCCUUAAGUGACAAUGCCCUGGGCAUUCUGAAACUUAAAACUCAAAGGGUUAUUUUAGACUACUGUUUUGGGACUUUUUUUUUUUUUCCACAGGGAACAAAAUGAAAAGGUCUUUGAAAAAAUCCUUUGCAUACUAUUAUUUUUACAUGAUGGAUUUACCAGCUUUCAGGUGCAAAAUUAUUGUUAAACUUCUGAGAAAACACAACUGGCCGAAGAAUUCAACACAGAGAAAAAUACUUGGUUACCACUGUAUGUGCAAAAUAAAUUGCUUUAUUAAGUAUAAAUUUAGGGAGAGAUGCACAUUUGUGUGUGUUUACUUUGAGUGUGUCCUUGUAAACAAAAUUUUAAUAAGGCAGUGAUGAAACUAGCAAAAUACAGUAAACAGCAAUGAUAAAAAUAUAACGAGGUCAGUGUGUUUAAAUAGCUCAUUACAUGUUAAAGAUGCACAGUGCAGGCAACGGUAUACUAAAGACUUUCUACAAUGAUGCAGUUUAAACUUAUUUCAAACCCGCAUCACUAAAAUGAAGCUGUCAAAUUUACAUGAUACUCUUACAGUUCUAGUUAUAUGGAGUCGAAGAUAAAUGUGACACUUUUUUCCCUUGAGGGGAAAAAAGUAGUUUAGGUGCAUGCAGUGCUGAAAGCAACGGAAAUAACAGGAGUCUUAUUCACAAGAAGUGAGUAAAACUUGAUUGACUAAUGUUUUUAUUCUAAACUGUGCAUCUUUAGUAGUGUGAUGGUCCCUUUUACUCAAGAAUGGGAUAUAAUUUUCUACUUACAUAUGAACUUUCUUGAAAUAACCAAGAGUCUUGGCAUUGCCUGGUCUGGCUUUGGAUGUACAUUGUACUGAAACUAUUGAAUUUUAGACAUUUCUUUUAGACAUUUAACUGCAAGUUAAAAUUGCUAGUAAACUGCAUUCUGACUGUAGAAUUUAAGUACUAAAUAAACUCUAUGCAUAUUAGACCC